GUCGCCUUUAGCCCGAGCGGUCUUUCUUUGGCUUCAGGCAGUCUCGAUGGCUGUGUCUGUGUCUGGGAUAUUGCUUCCAGUACGAUGCGGUAUGCGUUCGCGGGAAAAAGCACGGUGCUUUCGAUGAUUUGGGCUCCGCCGAAUGACGGUCACAUCGUCUGCGGGAUGGCGGACGGCACGAUUGCAUCACUGACAAUGACCAAGGAUACAAUCAAUGUGUCCGGAUUUUGGGCUCACGAGGAACCCGUGGAAUCAUUGGCAUACGAUGGUACUCACCUUGCGUCCGGUGCGCACGAGGAAUUGAAGGUUUGGUUGCGUACAACUAGCUACACGCAAGAUACCUGGACUGAGGUUGCCGACGUGGAACCACCUCCAAGGACCUCUCUCAAUGCUACCCGUGACGUGAUCGUCACCAGUCUGCAUUGGACUACAACACGGCGGCGGCCUAGUGUUCUUGUGGCAACCUACAUGAAUCACGGCAUAAGUAUAAUCGAUGGACGUGAUUGGAAGCGUGUUCGAUCAGUUGCAUUCCCAGGUUACAUUGCAGAUGCCGAUUUAUCGGCCGACGGUCAACUUCUGGUUGUUUCCAACAUGCUGACUGGUUUCGAAGUAUUCAAUUUCAAGGUCUUGACUGAGCUGGAACCUCUAUGCUCGUUCAACCAAGAUAAUAGCACGGCUUGCACAAUGCCCGUUCGCUUCAUUCACGGUGGGCAAGCAGUUGUGGGAGGCACUUUGAACGGCUGCAUGUCGAUCUGGGACAUUCACACC